GUAUUAAAACUCACAUUGAGCCUCAUGUGCUUUCUACCCAUCCUGUCCUGCUCGCUACAUUUCUCCUGGAGUCAGUCAGUCAGAGCGGUUGUCAACAUGAGCGUCUCUGGGAUCCAUGAAGGGACACUCAGGAUGUAUGGUGGAUUUCUGUUCAAACAAUGGAAGAAGAGGUUCCUGCUCCUGACGGCUGAAGGCAGCCUCCUUGUGUGUCACCAUGCUUCAGCUCCACCUGACCAGCUGGUGUUGUUGCAGAGCAGCUGCGAGGCCAUCGUGGAGGGCAAGGAGAUCCUUGACCUGCCGAAGCUGCCUGCCGAUGGGGGCCGAGAUUGCUGUUUUGCUCUCAUCUUGACUCAAAAUAAGUACCUGCUCCUGUUGGCCGACAGCCCUGCAGACUGCAGCCAAUGGCUGAAUGUGCUGAAAAAAGUGAAACAGAGCAUCUCGUCACCUCUCAGUCUUUGCAAGCGUCAUCAGGUGCCGCCGCUCAGCAUCGCUCUAAAAGACCUGGUACCCGAUCAAAUCCAGGACAAAGAUCCACUGACUCCACCGAUCAGCAAUGGAGAGGCAUCUCCUGGGCCUCUCAUUGGCUCCCCAAAAGACAAAGGCAGGAACUCUCCACGCACCAAGUAUUACAAAGGAAAUGGUCACUCGGUGGGCUGUCUGCGUCACGGCACCAUCCACAAUGCUCAGACAAUGAGGGCUGUUUACUUGCUGAUGGGCGGGGCUGCUGCUUCCUCUGCUAUGGGCUACUUAGGCUCGUGCUCGCCCUCCGGCCUGGAUGCCAAGGCUUCUGACCUGCCUCUCAGUGCAGACUUCUCAGACGUGGGACCGGCAGGGGCAUACCACACCGACAGCCCCGCCAUCACCUCCCCGCACUUUAACAGCUUUGACUUUGAAAUGGCGGACGCUGAUUUUAAUGCUUUUGAUUGUGGCGGGUUUACUUUUUAAAUCUUCUGGCCCCCCUACUCUCACACCGUGACAACAACCAGUACAGCAUGCUUUCUGCAUAACUGCACCUUGUAUGUUUUUAAUAUGAUGACAUAAUCGGCACUGUCAGUUAUUGUGAAUGUUUGUAGAAUUACAACAUUAAGGUGUACUUUUGUAUUGUAUUGUGUACUGACCUUGCAACCGAAUAAUAGUAUAGUACAUAUACAGUAGAAUAGAUUUGAAAAAAGUUGAUAUUUUGUGUAUAUGUGUACAUUUUAACUGACAAUGUGUUACUUUCUCUUGUUCUGCAAACCUAAUGUAGUCAGGAGUCUGUUGGGGGACCUUGGCUAAAAUAUACAGGGAACGCCUUUGCAUAGCGCCUCUGCUGUAGAAGUUCAAAGUUUGUCAGCCCCCAGGGGGACCCGACUAGGCUGGGCCCCCAUGCAGUUGCCUGGUGGCAGCAGCGCCCCCUAUAGUAUAGAUGUUACGUUUGCUGAACAAUUCUACGAGUACCAGGCGUCAGUUGAUGUUGAGAAGUGAAUCAAUGGAUAAAGGAAUGUUCUUGUAAUUCUUCAAUUCAAACACGAUGCCUAUUUUUUUUACACAAAUGACAAUGACCAGUGUUUGGAGAUCUGCUUUGUACAAUCAAAUGUAAAUAAGUAAAACAUUCACCUCUCAUUUCAUUUUGUCAAAUUAACUGAAAAGUGCUGGGGACACUAUACUCAAACACACACGGAGGCACUUUCGUAAGGAACAAAUACAUAGAAAAGCAUAGCGUUUGACCUUUAGU